AAGGCGGAAGUACAAAGACGGAGAAGAAAAGGCUGAAGUUAGCAACGCUUCAAGUGUGUCUUUAGUAUAAGUAGCGACAAAACAACAUCACAAUGUUGAAAGAGUUGGUGAAGGAGCGACUCAUGGCGGCAGCUGAUGAAAUAUUCCAGCUGUUUGAAAGAACGAUGGCGUCGUACGAGGAGGAACUUUGUCGAACGAGAGAGGAGAACCACCGACAACGACUGGAAGCUGUCAAGAAACAAAUCGUGCCGCACAUUGAAGACGUCCAGCAGUCGAUUGGUCGUCAAGAAGGGAUCUCCACUUUGAAGCAGGAGGAUCCCUGGCCCCCCCACGUUAAAGAGGAAGAGGAGGGUCUCUGGAUCACUCAGGAGAGGGAGUGUCUUCUCGUGCCGGAGGAGGCUGAUCUCACCAAGUUGCAACUCACUGUUGUCUCUGUAAAGACUGAAGACAAACCACCUGAGUCCUUACAGCUUCAUCACAGUCCGGGUGUGGAGAACAAAGGGGCGGAGCCUCCAAGCAGCAGCAGCAGCUCACCACAGCACAUGACAACAGAAGCUGAUGGAGACCACUGUGGAGGAUCGCAAGCAGACAACCUCUUAGCUCCGCUAUCAAAUAGUGACCACACAACGUCACAAUCUCGUCAGGCUGACGACAGGGACGACACCCAAGAACUGCUGAGCAGCGAUACAGACGAUGAUGAUGAUAUGACGACUCACGCUGACAACACACACUCUGAAUGCUCGAAAAAGAAAACGGGUACAAAAUGUUUAACCUGCUCCGUUUGUGCUAAAAGCUUUUUUUUUAAGAGGGAUUUGACUCAGCACUUGAGAACGCAUACGGGAGAAAAACCUUUUAAUUGCUCAGUUUGUGGUCAAAGAUUCUCUGACAAGUCAAAUAUCAUCACGCACAUGAGAACGCACAGUGGGGAAAAACCUUUCAGUUGUUCAGUUUGCGGUAAAAGAUUCUCUCAAAAGGUGGCAAUGGUGUCACACGUGAGAAUACACACAGGAGAAAAACCUUUUAGUUGUUCAGUUUGUGGCGAGAGUUUCUCACAGAAGGCAAAUAUGGUAAAGCACACGAGAACACACACUGGGGAAAAACCUUUUAGUUGCUCAGUUUGUGGCAAUAUAUUUGCUCAGCGGUCCACUUUGAAGAGACAUAUGACCACCCACACCGGAGAAAAACCCUUUAGUUGUUUGGUUUGCGGCGAACGGUUCUCGCAAAAGUCCAACUUUGUAACACACACGAGAACGCAUACAGGAGAGAAACCUUUCGGUUGUUCGGUUUGUGAUAAACGCUUCUCUCAAAGGUCAACGAUGGUCUCACACAUGAGAACGCACACAGGAGAAAAACUACAUCCCUGUUCAGUUUGUGGUAAAAGUUAUUAUUAUAAGACGAGUUUGACAGCACACAUGCGGACACACAAUGGAGAAUAAACGUUUUCCAGUUGCGGUGUGUAUGAUACCAGAUUCUCUCAUGAUCUCUAAGCUCGCAUGCCGCUACUAGUAAUAUAUAAAUGGAACUGUAUUUGUGUCAUGGCUUUUUUUUGUACUUUUGUAGUAAAAGUGGAAUAACUGGAGAACGCAGAAGGUUUGUCUUUUUCUGUUCAAUUCUGUGUAGGGCAGGGGCCACACAGUGAAAAAUGAACGGAUACAACUUUGAUAUUUUGGAAAGCAACACAUGUAGAUACGCUGAGAAGUUCUAUGUAUUUCAAGAAAAACUGCAUUUCAGCUUGCUCAUAUACUGUAGGUGAGUGUAAAGGUGACUGUAGGGCUGUUAUUUCAUGUCAAGAGGACUCUAAUAAUGUUAAACCCUGUAUUUAGAAGGUCGUGGUUUUCUAUGCCAUAACUACAAAAAUGUCUCCUGUUUUUAAAAGGGUUUUAUAAUUUUAUUUCUUCUAAACCAGAAAAAGGCAAAGCUUUGGAAUUUUUCUCUUUGGGCACUGCUGCACCCCUAAUUGUUUAAACAUUUUAUUUUACUACCCGUACUGUACAUACGUACC